GUGAACAUGAAAUGUAAAUAGACAUGGUACGUGUACCAGGUGUUUGUAAAGUAACCGGGGUGCAAGAUACCUGUAAAUACGGCAACUGCAAAAGACGAUCGAUAGUAAAGCGUACUGAGGUUAGGAGGUUAACGUUAGAUCAAAGGAAUGCCCUCUCUAGAGAAGGGGAAAUGCAACUGUGCUUGUGAUGUGCAACGGGGCAACCCCCUAUCAAGUGCAGAAGAAAUUCAGCCAUAACACACAGACUCGUGUGCGUGAGUCGAGCAGGCAGACCUCAGCCUCAGUGACGUGGAGUCAGCCUUCCAUCCGUCUCACAUUCUAUCUCGCCUUGUGCUGGGGUGUCUCGCGCUCAGUCCCUGUCCUUGCAGGGAGCUGUCCAGCACUGUAAGGAGCUGUCCAGCUCUACAUCCUGCAACCGUUUACGAACAGCAAACAAAAAGAGGGGCGAACCACAGCAUAGAUUCACCAGUCGCCUGCAAAAUAGCACUUAAUUAUAUAACUACUCAACAAAGGGGAAGGGAGCGGAUUUAUUUCAAGUGGUCCGGUCGAGCAGUCUGUAGAAGAGAACACCAGCUAGCCAGAUUUCAUUAUUUCAGCAGGCUGCAGGGGUUCCAAGCUAUUCCUUCACUCUUUUUAGUGCAUUGCAGUUUUCUUUUCUGUUCGUUUCUGCUCAAGGAAAAUCAAGCCCGGAUAGCACCAUGUCGGAAGUGAUGCCUUACGAGGACAAGCUUGCCCACUACGGUGAUGGUGGAGACGUGGGACAGAUUUCGUUCACCUGCCGCCUUCAGGACACCAAUAAUUUUUUUGCUGCAGGGCAAAAUAAGCGCCCCCCCAAACUGGGGCAGAUCGGCAGAAGCAAGAGGGUUGUCAUUGAAGAUGAGAGAAUUGAUGAUGUCCUUAAAAACAUUUCUGAAAAAGCACCUUCUGGUGUCUAAAGAAGCCCAAAGAUGUAUGCAAAAGGAUAAUUAUUCAACCACAGCAACAUUUCAUUUUGGCAAAAACAAAAAGCACUUUUCAAUUCUUCAUGAUGAAAGCCUUGGAAUGACUAAGCUUUCCACAAUUUCUAUUCUGUUUCAGGCUCAGAGACAGUAGAAGUGAAGGGGACAAUGAGAAAGACUGCUCAUUUUUUAAGACUUCUGCACAAAAACAACAUUUAGCUCAGCAGUAUCUGUACUGUCUACAUAUUUUUUCUGUACACGUAAUUCAGUAUGAAUUUCCUAGUCUGAAACAUUGCUGAAUAAUGCAAACAGGUGUUGGAUUUCCACUGCAGCAUUCCCCUGCUGUAUUUGCUAAUUCAGAAUGAAUACUGUUUACACUCUUAUGUCUGCAACAUAUGCUUGUGCAAUUUGUACCUAGAACUAUCCUCCAUUUACACAUUAUUCUCUCUGAAUGUAAAACUUUUUUUUAAAAGUACUUUUUGCAGUAUUGAUAGAAUGUAUGAAACUUUUAUAUGGCUAUGACACAAACGGGAGUUAUUAUUCUGAUAUGCUUAAAAUUUGUGUAUCCUUUUUAUUUUUGUUUUGCCAGAUAAUGCUUGCCUAAUAAUUAUAUAUGUACACACAUUUUGUGUGUCUAUAUAUACGUGUGAGUGUGUGAGAGUGUGUGUGUGUAUUUCUCUCUUUCAUUAUAAAUAUUGAAAGAUCACUGUACAUUCUCUGCUUUAUCAUUCAUAUUAGAAUUUUCAGUGCAUAUAGAGGGAGAAUUGCAUUGACAUUGUGGAUUUUUAAAAUAUCUGCUUCAUUAGAUGGGAAAAGCUUAAGACUUUUACUCUUCAUGCUAAUGGUACUUUUUGCCAAUCAGCAGUGCACAACAGUAGCUUAAUGUUGUGUUGUCAGGGUUCUGUAAUUUUUCCCAUUCUUCAGAGAGCGUGUGAAAUAUUGCAGUUGUUGUGCCAAAUAAUUUAGAGAUGCCAAAAGGCAAUCCUUUUUGCUUCUUUAUUCCCCACAUUGAGCUAGUCUUGGGCUGCCAUUGUUUCUGUACUAGGCUUCUUUCAAAGGUUAAUGGCUGCUUUUAUUUGCAUGCUAUUUAAAAAUAUAUAUUUAGCGAGGAUGCUUGCAUAUUAAACAGCUUAAUGGCAACUUUUUGAAUGGCAGAACUCAAGGAUUUUUUUCUUAAUUCAAUGUUGUUAAUGUUGCACCUUUCUCACUUAACAGGGCUAUUUCUGCAAUGCUGAAAUAAAUUAUGUGAAAUAUCUGCUUCA